AUGGCUCUGAAGCGAAUCCAGAAGGAAUUGCAAGAUCUUGGACGUGAUCCUCCGGCUCAAUGCAGCGCGGGUCCUGUAGGCGAUGAUCUCUUCCACUGGCAAGCCACGAUCAUGGGGCCCCCUGAGUCUCCAUACCAGGGCGGAGUGUUCUUCCUCACAAUCCACUUCCCCACCGAUUAUCCGUUCAAACCGCCGAAGGUCGCAUUCACGACACGAAUCUAUCAUCCAAACAUCAAUUCGAACGGCAGUAUUUGUCUGGACAUCUUACGUUCUCAGUGGUCUCCAGCACUCACUAUUUCAAAAGUUCUUCUCUCGAUCUGCUCGUUGCUGUGCGAUCCGAAUCCAGACGACCCGUUGGUCCCCGAAAUUGCUCGCAUCUACAAGACGGACCGUGAUCGAUACAACCAGCUUGCUCGGGAAUGGACUCAAAAGUAUGCAAUG